GGACACGCUCUUGGAUUCUGGCAUGAGCAGUCCAGGCCAGACAGAGAUCGUUACGUCAGGAUUUACUGGAGGAAUAUCCAACCAGAAUUCAAAUAUGCCUUUGAAAAGUACGAUGAUGGCCGUAUCAACAGCCUGGGUGUUCCUUACGACUAUGACAGUAUCAUGCAUUACCGUUCCACAGCUUUUGGUCAAGGUCGCACUACUAUAGCUCGAAUCAAUGGUGAUAAACGGUUGAGCAAUAAGAGAGGACUGAGCCCCGCUGAUAUCAAACAAGCCAGGCUACUCUACUGUGAACCGCCUACCAGUCCUCCGCGACCAGCUACACGCCCACCUACAGGCUGUUCUCACAGAGACUUCAGUUCCACGUGUAGUUACUGGGCAAGAAGAGGAUUCUGCUCAUCUAGCAGUUCUCACUAUUCAAAGAUGCUUAAAUACUGCAAAAAGACAUGUUUUUGCAGUAAACGAUCUGUUGUUUGUAAGGACAAAAACAAAAGCUGUGCUUAUUGGAGUAAACKCGGAUACUGCAGGACACGCACCACCAUCAACUACAUGCGAAUCAACUGUAAAAAGAGCUGUCGACUGUGUACAGUCCAUAACACACGCCGAAUAUAAUAUAUAAUAAUGUUCUGUGCUUCAAAAAGCAUGAUCAUCAGAAUCUUGAAGAAGCUGAAACAGUGAGCCAGUAAAAAAAGGCGGAAUMGAGAAUAACAAGGAGACUUUCCUCCGAGAAUUGAAUGCCUUACUCCAAUGCUUGCUGCUGUCAGUGCUGCAGGUGCGCGUGUUCUAAGUAUAUAGUACAGUACAGUCAUCACUUAUCGGUAUCUGUAAGCACUAGGAUAUGAAAUACAUAAAAUACUGAUAUAAAAGGAAAUAUAACAUGUACAUAGAAAUAAAACGCCACA